ACUCUGGAUAAGAUCCAAGAGUCUAACACACACACAAUACAUGACACUAGUUAACACCUCUCUCUCCGCCUAUCCUCAUUUCACUCCAGAAAAUCAUCGUAGCAAAGCCUGCUCCCUGCAGCAGCCAAUAUGGUCCAGCAAAUCUUCUGCCGGGCGUUGGUCUCUGCGAGUUGGCUCUCAGGGGCCAUAAAGACCAGACCACUCGGAGCAGCUCUGAGGGUGGUUGACUCUACCUGGUAUGCUCCAGGGGGAAAGGAUGCUCGUAAGGAUUUUGCAGAGAAACAUAUUCAGGGGGCAUCGUUCUUUGAUAUGGACCAAUGCUCAGAAAAAUCUUCACCCUACGAAAUGAUGCUGCCAAGCGAGUCCCAGUUUGCCAAGUAUGUGGGUAGUCUUGGCAUCAACAACCAGAGCCACGUAGUGGUCUAUGAUUGUGACAGUGCAGGCAUGAUGUACGCUCCUCGGGUCUGGUGGAUGUUUAGACUAUUCGGUCAUAAUAAAGUGUCAGUGCUGGACGGGGGGUUAAAGAACUGGCUAAAGCAAGGGUUGCCGGUGACGGCCGAGGUCACAGAGUUUAAACCUCAAACUUUCCAGACAAAACUAAAUCGCUGUCUGCUGAAGACCUUCGAGGACAUUCAAGAGAACUUAAGUAGCACGAAAUUCCAACUGGUGGAUGCUCGAGGAGAGGCACGAUUUAGGGGCCCCGAGCCCAAGCCCGGAGAAGGGAUUGGACCUGGGCAUAUACCUGGCUCCCUCAACCUUCCCUUUUCCAGCUUAUUGACAAAGGACGGAUGUGAGAAACCAGUCGAUGAGAUCCGCAAGCUGUUCCAGGAGAAGGGGGUGGACCUGACCAAGCCGCUGACAGCCACGUGCCACCGCGGAGUCACUGCUUGUCACCUGGCACUGGCCGCCUUCGUUACUGGGAAACAGGAUGUGGCUGUUUACGAUGGUUCGUGGUCCGAAUGGUUUCACCGAGCCGGUCCAGAGCACAAAGUUUAUGAGAAAAAAGGCACAAAAGCAUAGCAAACAUUAGACAAUGGAAACUAGACAAAAUGGCUGCAGAGGCACACGAAACCAUGGAGGCCUAGGUCACCUGAUUAAGGGAGGCAUCAAACUGCACCCAGGAUUGCAAAGCAAAUUAACCAAUAGUAGCUCAUAUUUACAUAUAGACUCUGCUUUCAAGGGGAAUAUUUGGGGUUUUCUUCUAGAUGAGGAAGUGAUUACAUUUCUGGCAAUAAAUUUUCUGUCCUAGAA